GCCGCGUCAGGUGAGUGAGUCAGCAGCGGCGAUGACGACACUGGCGGGGGCGGAGCUCAGUCGGCGCGUCCACAGGAAGAUGGCGCUCCCCGCAGGUCCGGACCGGCGGCUCAAGCCCAACAACGACGAGCAGCUACAGCUCAACCAUCAGACUGAGCUGGGUGAACUGGAGCUACAGCCGGAGCCGGACACGGGCGGCAUCCCCCUGCAUUCGCCCUGGACCUUCUGGCUGGACAGGUCUCUCCCAGGAACAACUGCAGCAGAAUGUGAAUCCAACCUGAAAAAGAUUUAUACAGUGCAAACGAUACAGAGUUUCUGGAGUGUAUAUAACAAUAUCCCCCCUGUGACCAAUCUACCUCUAAGAUGUAGCUACCACUUAAUGAGGGGGGAGAGGAAACCAUUGUGGGAAGAAGAGAGCAAUGCUAAAGGAGGAGUGUGGAAAAUGAAAAUCCCAAAGGAAAGCACGGCCCUGGUGUGGAAAGAACUAUUGUUAGCUACUAUUGGUGAACAGUUUACAGACCGUUGUGCUGUCGAGGAUGAAGUGAUCGGGGUCAGUGUGAGUGUCCGUGACCGGGAAGAUAUUGUACAGGUCUGGAAUGGAAAUGCCUCAGUAGUUGGUGAAGCAACAGUACUAGAGAAAAUCUAUGAACUUCUGCCAAACACGUCUUUUAAAGCUGUAUUUUAUAAGCCACACGAAGAGCAUCACGCGUUUGAAGGUGGACGCGCACGACACUAGCGGAGAUCUGACAGCUGCUUUCUAUUCUCUUCUUAACCCUGUAACUUCCAGAUGGGUCUUACCACAAUGCUGUGUUGCUGGUCCCCACAGUCGAGUAAGGGUAAUACAGUCUAAACAGGAGAGAGGCCAGGCACAGGAUUUUUUUUGUUUUGUUUUCAUUUGUUUGCUGAACUUCACUUGUCAUUAUUAGAUACUUUUUAUUUUGUUAGAUUUUUUUUUUUCUCCCUCCCUCUUAACCCACCCGAUUGGUCAUUUCCAUCAUUUUCCUGUUCCGUGAACAUUAAUUCUGCCAAUUUUUCCCGUUUUUUUUAGUACGCAAUGAAACUGUACAAUGGCUUCGCUGCUUGAGGAUCAAAUAGUGAUGCCCCCUCAAUCUGUGACUCUUUACAGGAGCAAAUCUGUUCGGUGACUCAGGGCUAACUCUGUAAAGUUUGUAAUGCUGUCUAGUGUCUUUAGUAAUGGCUGCUCUGGAUGAACAACCCCCCCACCCCCCCUCCUUGAUGAACCAUGAAGAAAAGGUGCAUUUAGGCAGUGCUGGUCGGUCCAGUUACUCUGCACUGUUUUUAUAGAACCUUGUCCCAUGAAGUUAUGCAGUAAUACUUAGAACUCUGCUAGAAGUGGAUCAUGAUAGUACAGAAUUCGGUUUCCCAAAAGGUGUAUGAAUAUGCCCCAUGCUCUGACGUACUUUAAUUCUCCCCAGACAGAUCACUGCACUGUAAUUUUUAUUUAACGAGACGAUCUGGUCUUGCACGGACUGUAUCGCACAAAGUGCCAGGUAUAUUACAGUAUCAAUCGCUGAAAGUAGUUUAACCUUUUUAUUAUUCACUAGGUCUCCUAGUCUAUUGCUAGACCUUUUACUGGACUCUUAAGCCACAGCUGUAUAUUUGUUAUGAUAGAUACCUUCAUCUACCAUCUCUUCAAUCUGCUUCCCUUUUUAAUUUUAUAUUUUUCUGGUGUGUAGCCACGUUACCUGGUUGUAAUUUUGUAUGAAGGUGGACUAACACAUAAGGUGCCAUCUUUGAACACUAGGGCAUACAGUUAUUUAUUGCUGCCAGUCAGUGUAUGGUAACUGUGGCAGUACUGCAACUGUACACACUGUUAUACUGCUGAGCGCAUUUUUGUCUGGAUCAUUAUACGACCUCUGGUUUUCGUGUUUUUUUUUUUUUUUUUUUUUUAACUUGUAGAACCAAAGAUAUUAGCAAUCUUCAAAAAGGAGUUCAGCAGUGAUUGUACAGUAACAUGAAGUGUAUCGGUCACCUACACUCAGGUGUUGGUCGGCCACAUAGUCUGUGACUUUGCUGGCCUCUAGCGGCCUUGGUAAUGUCACUAGUUCCUGAUUUGAUAUGUUACGUGCUGAAAUAUAGUCGAACAACCGCACCUUUUUUAAUUGGCCGACGGAUACGUUUUUUGUUUUGUUUUUUCUUUUGUUUUUUUGGUGGUUUUCUCGUUUUGCUGUCGGCUAUCCUGUCAUAAAGCUGUUCCAUUUGCAACGCGGACACGAUUGCACUGACAUCUACCACGUCCAGCCAUCAAAUAUUAAUUUAUCUCUUCCUUCAUUAAGAAGAAAAUAAACUUUUUAUGCUUCAUCUGUAUUUAUAAACUGCCUAUAUAUGUGUAUCCAGUUGUAUUGUGAAUAAAGAUUUUCUUAAUUCA